AUGGCAACAAUACGUCCACCAAAUGGUCCAUCAUUUCCUGAUAAAAUGAAUAAACCAAUUUUUCCUCCAAUGUCUCAUUUGACAGCAAAUGGUUUAACACCUCCAAUAUUUCCACCAAAUUCUUCAACAUUAUCUUCUCAAUCCAAUCAACAUACAUAUCAAACAAAUACAUCAAUUUUUCCUCCAACACAACAAUAUCAAUCAACAUCAAUUGAUCAAUAUAAUUCAAAUCCAAUAUCAUCAUCCAAUAUCUAUAAUACAAAAAUGAAUUCUACACCACCACCACCACCACCAUCAAAUAUUUAUAAUCCUCCUUUAAAUCAUCAACCUAUACCAUCUCUACCACCACCACCAACAACAACAACAUAUACUCUGUCUUCACAACCAACUAUUCGUCCAAUGUAUCCUUCACCAACAUCUGCUUAUCAUUCUCAAGUACAACAACCUCAACUUGUUUCACAAACAACAUAUCCUCAAAUGAUUAAUCCAAAUUCUCAACCAUUACCACCACCACCACCACCUUCAUCUUCAUCCACUUAUCCUUAUUCACAACAAAACAGUAAUUCAAAUACUACUGCAACUACUUCAUAUUUAACAUCAACAUAUCCUGGACAAAUAUCAUCUUUACCACAAUCAAUGCCUUAUGCUAUGGGUACUAAUACCGGUAAUCAACAAAUAAAUAAUAUGAAUGGCCCUGUUUCUAAUAAUAAUUUAAUGGAUUUGCUCAAAGUAAAAAGUGUUGUUAGUCCAUAUGCUGAAGAAAUACCUAUAUCACCAUUAUUGAAUGAAGAAAAUCAACAAAUGAAUUGUAGUCCAGAAGUAAUGCGAUGUAGUCUUAAUGUUAUUCCACAAACAAAAGAUUUACUUAAUAAAAGUCGUCUUCCACUUGGCGUUCUUAUUCAUCCAUUUAAAGAUCUUGAAAGUUUAAGUGUUAUUCAAGGUACAAAAAUUGUUCGAUGUGAUGCAUGUAAAAGUUAUAUUAAUCCAUUUGUUAUAAUCCAAGAUAAUACACGAUGGCGUUGUAGUAUUUGUUUUCGUCAGAAUGAUUUACCACAAGAAUUUCUAUUUGAUCCAAUAACAAAAACAUAUGGUGAUCCAAGUAGAAGACCUGAAGUUCGAUUUGGUACUGUUGAAUAUACAGCUUCAUCAGAUUAUAUGGCUAGACCACCACAACCAGCUAUGUAUUUAUUUUUACUUGAUGUAUCACAUAAUGCUAUUCAAACAGGAUAUCUUCAAUCAUUUUGUGAUAUAUUAUUUGAAAAUUUAAAUAAUUUACCAGGUGAUGCACGUACACAAAUUGGUUUUAUUGCAUAUGAUAGUCGAAUACAUUUUUAUGAUUUAUCUGAUAGACAAAAUGGUACAUUUCAUAUUAUGAUUGCACCAGAUAUAGAAAAUAUUGAAAAUAAAUUAGAUGAAUUUUUACCAUUACCUGAUGGUUUAAUGGUAACAUUAUGUGAUUGUCGAACUAUAAUUGAAACAUUUCUUAAUGAAUUACCAAAAGUUUAUCAAAAUAAUCAUGAAACAGAUUCAGCAUUAGGUACAGCUCUUCUUAUUGCUGAAAAAUUACUUCAUAAUACUGGUGGUCGAGUUACAGUUAUUCAAACACGAAUACCUAAUAUAAAUCCCGGUGCUUUAAAUGAAAAUAUUGGAAAAGAACCAACAUCAAUUGGACCAACAUCAGAUUAUUAUAAAAAACUUUCACUUGAUUAUGCAUCACAACAAAUAGCUUGUGAUUUAUUUCUUCUUAAUAGUCAUUAUAUUGAUUUAACAACAUUGAGUUGUAUAUCAAAAUAUUCAGGUGGUGAAGUAAAAUAUUAUCCAGGUUUUCAUUCUAUUCAAACACCACAUGAAGUUGAACGUUUUGAAAAUGAUUUAAGACGAUAUUUACAAAGAAAAAUUGGAUUUGAAGCUGUUAUGCGUUUGCGAUCACCACCAGCACUUUCAAUUCAUACAUUUCAUGGAAAUGGUUUUGUUCGUUCUGUUGAUUUACUUGUUUUACCAAAUAUAAAUCCUGAUGCUGCAUAUGGAAUGCAAGUAUCUAUUGAUGAUUCAUUAGUACACUAUAAAUCAGUAACAUUUCAAAUAGCACUUCUUUACACAUCAAGCAAAGGUGAAAGACGAAUUCGAGUACAUACACUUUCAUUACCGGUUAGUGCUAAUUUAAUGGAUAUAUGUUCAAAUGCAGAUCAAGAAGCAGUAAUUUCAUUAAUUGCAAAAAUGGCGGCUGAUCGAUCGACAACAUCAUCAUUACAAGAUGCACGAGAAGCAAUAUGUAACGUUGCUUGUGAUGUUGUUAAAGCAUCAAUGCCAAAUAAUGCAUCAAAUCGAGGAUUUUCACUUGUUGUACCUAGUUCAUUACGAUUAUUACCUUUAUAUAUGUUAAGUAUGAUUAAAUCGACAGCAUUUCGAGCUGGUAGUUCAACAAAAAUUGAUGAUCGAGCAUAUUAUUUAGAUUUAUGUAAAACAUUACCAACGCAAUAUUUAAUGCAAAUAUUUUAUCCAGAUCUAUAUCCAAUUCAUACUAUUGAGGAGAAGAGUCAAGUAGUACAAGAUGGUGAAGAUGAAUUACAUGUACCAGAACGUGUUCAAUUAUCAUUUCAAUAUAUUGAUUCACAUGGCGCUUAUAUACUUGAUACAAGUGAAUAUAUUUAUAUUUAUAUAGGUAAAGCAAUAAGUGAUCAUUUUGUGCAAAAUGUAUUCAAUGUUCAAACAUUUUCGGCUUUACCAUUUGAUUCAUAUUCAUUACCAGACUUAGACAAUCCAUUAUCAUCGAAAAUUCAUAAUUUUUUAACUUAUCUUAUUCAAAGUCGACCACAUGGUACUGCAAUACAUAUUAUGAGAGAAGAUUCAUCUAAUCGAUAUUUAUUUACACGUUAUCUUGUGGAUGACAAAUCUGAAUCGACAAUGUCUUACGUAGAGUUUUUACGUUAUAUACGAGAACAGAUUACUAAAUGA